UGCUCACUGUUACUGUUCCGAAAGAAGAGGUGAAGAAGCCUGAUGUCAAGUCCAUUGAGAUCACCGGUUAGACGCCCAUAUAAGUUUAUAUGUAAAUGGAGCAACUACUCUAUGGAUUGCGUAUAGUAAGGUUUGUACUAUUGAAGAUAUAAUAGAGUUGUUCUUCUCAUCCCGAGCCGUCUCCUUAUUUGGCCUAUUAACCGCUAAUGUAUUCCCGUGUAAUAAUAUUCCUGUUUUUGAACUGAGGUUCUGUUCAAAUCUUUUAUCUUUUAUCUUA